UCUUGACAAUUUUCUCAAUAAUUAACCAAAUUUUCCCCCAAAAUAGGCACAAUACAAAAUAUAUAUAUCUGUACAAAGUAUAUCUGGAACAAUUAUGGUAAUAAAAAUUUGAGAAAAAUGACAAAAUGGUAAUGAGACUUUGAGAAAAAAAAAAAAAAAAUUCUGCUUGCAAUGUUUACAUGAAACUUAAGGCCCUUUCGCACCUAUAAUGAUAACUAUAUUAGCGUUCACACCAGUGGAGGAUGUCGCAGUUUUGAGCAAUCUCUCACCACGAGUUACAACCCAUGUAAAUAUAUUUGUAUUCUUUCAUGCUAGAGUUGUACAAAUUAGGGUACUUUCUAACCUCUUCGCACAAUCUGUCGCCUAUAUAGGCCUCUAUUGUCGCUGUAGCUUGCAUGUGUUCCGCUCUGUUCUGUUUAUGCAGGUUUUCUUCGACUACCUUGUGAAACGACACCCUCAGGUCAUGGUUGCCACCUUGUGGAUAAACUAAUUACUGCAAAAAAAUUUAAUGCGCAUGUGCGACCUGGUAACAAAGUACGCGCAUACUCUUCUGAUGAUGAAAUUCGCUUUACGUGCACUGUACGCUGACCCUCUCGUACGCAUAAAGAUCGACUUUGGGCUUGAGUAUGCGCUGCCAAGUUUUCACAGCAAAACCCACCCAAUUGCAACUCAAAACUAGCCUAAAACUAGCCCAGUCGCAUUCUGGUGGGUAAAUCUGCUUUUUGGCGGGGUUCCCCUGGUAGAAUUAGCAUUCCAGGGGCUAAAUAUCAUGUUAUUUGGGGUCACUUCAACCCAUGGACAUGAAAAACAACCCACGGCAACAGUGUUAAAGUAGCCCAAUUCUGCGGGAAAACCGCAGAUUUGGCAACACUGCACUGCAGUCACUGUAGCUUGCAUGUGUUCCACUCUGUUCUGUUUUAUGCAGGUUUUCUUCGACUACCUUGUGAAACGACACCCCCAGGUCAUGGUUUAAACUAAUUACUGCAAAAAAAUUAAAUGCGCAUGUGCGACCUGGUAACAAAGUACGCGCAUACUCUUCUGAUAAUGAAAUUCGCUUCACGCGCACUUUAAAUGCUUGCACUCUUUAAAGUAGAAUGGAUUCUGAUUGGCUUUCAAGGAUUUUAUCAUUCAUUAGCUGUAAAAAAAAAAAUCGUUCUGAAAGUGAUUCCAACUGUAUCGUUUCUCUGUGCCGCUAUCAUUAUAAUUGUGGUGUGGACUCUGCUAUUCUUUUAUAUUUAAAAUGAUUUUUAGAACUAUACCUUUAUCAUUAUAGUUAUCAUCCUUGGUGUGAAUGGGCCUUUGCUCAAGUCCCAGCAUCCUUAUUACAACUUUACAUUUGUAAACAUCUCUAGUUUGUUGUAGUACAUGUGAUAUUUAUAACAAAAUUGAGAAAAAGGUAAUAAAAUAUUAUAAUAGAAUUAUAAAAAAAUUAAAAAAGAUGUGCAACAGCUGUGGAGCUGCAUAACAGAUCAGGUAAUUAGAUUCCAUCCGUUAUGUAACUGCUGCCUUCCUCUUUAGACCACAGGAACUGCAUUAAGCAUACAUGCUUGAAAGAGGCAGCAUGAAACUAGGAGGAAUUCAGCAGUUAUACGAUCGUUCCACAUUACUUUGAUCAUCAUCUUCCAGUAAAUUCAGUGUAUCAGUGAUACAGCCCAAAGAGGUUGGACAACUUUGUUCCUGGUUAUGUGUUCAGAAGGUGAGGAUGGGUGUUACUGUUUGAGGAAUUAAAAGUCCUCCCAGUCGUUCUCUCAUUCAGACCGAGCAGGAGAUCAUGGAGGCUGGAUCUGUCCUUUUGUCAAGGAACUUGGAAUGGUUCAUUUUCAACGGCUCCUCCACAAGUUCCCCCAGCAUGCUCAACAAUAGCAUGCACAGUCCCUUGCCUGAAGAAUCGUUCUUGGUGUCGGGAAGACCACGUCGUGCGUUUGGCACUGUAGGGGUGGUCAUCAUCGUCCUUAUCACUAGCUGCAUCAGCCUGCUAACAGUCCUGGGCAACGUCCUGGUUCUGCUUUCAAUCAAAGUCAACCGUAAUCUCCGAACCAUCAACAACUACUUCCUUUUUAGUCUUGCUUGUUCAGACCUUAUCGUCGGUGUGUUCUCUAUGAAUCUCUACAUUGUUUACGCCGUGAAGGGAUACUGGCCUUUGGGACCGCAGAUGUGCGACUUGUGGUUGGUUGUGGAUUAUGUGGUCAGUAACGCCUCGGUGAUGAACCUACUUCUGAUCUGCUUUGACCGGUACUUCUGCGUCACCCGGCCUCUGAGUUACCCAACCAAACGUACCGCAAGAUGGGCAGGGGUGAUGAUUGCUGUGGCUUGGUUGCAGUCUCUGCUUCUCUGGGCUCCAGCUAUCCUGCUUUGGCAAGCUGGGAGGGACAGUAGCAAGGUCCCGGAGGGACAAUGUUACAUCCUGCUCCUCUCUAACCCUGCUGUAACCCUGGCAACCACCAUCCCAGCGUUCUACAUUCCUGUUGUAAUAAUGAUGGUACUGUACACACGGAUAUCCCUAGCCAGUCAGAGACGGGUUUGUAAGUUGAAGUCUGAAUCUGCAAAUUUGCUUAAACCAUCAAAGACAAGUGGAGGAACACCUACCGAAAACCCUGACCUAGUGAAUGACAUUAAACCGGAUGAAACAUGUUCAUUUAAACGAGAUUUGGAUCUCGUUAGAACCAAACAACUCUGCAGCAUGCCUUCCGUAGAGUUCAGCAAAACGGACUACUCCUUGGAUUCAAGUCCUGAAGCCUCUGUGGAAGACCGAGGGCUGGAUGCCGAAACCUUAAGACCAAAGAGCUUGGCAGGGUGUACGGAAACUAGCAGGACAACGCAACCUCACAGUUUUCCAAACCACACUACCAUUAAAGUUCAACGGCAAACAUCCCAUGUCGUCUUCAAGAAUGCCAGACGGAAGGCUCUGAGAGAGAGGAAGGUGACGAAGACCGUCCUUGCCGUUCUUCUAGCCUUCAUCGUCACCUGGAUGCCCUAUAGCGUUAUGGUUCUGAUUGGUACCUUCUGCCGCUGGUGUGUCCCUGAAAUUCUUUGGAUGGUGGGCUACUUUCUGUGUUACGUCAACAGCACGGUUAAUCCGGUAUGCUACGCACUCUGUAACGCCACCUUCAAAAGAACCUUUAAACGACUGUUGAUGUGCAAGUUCAAAAAUCUGACAUUAAAAUGAGCCGGACUUAUUCAAAUCUUCAGUCUCCUAUGGAUGACUCCUGACCAACCAACAGGGGACCUGAUUCACUAAAAUGUUGUGAAACAGUUUUACUAGAGCCAAAAGUGAAAAUAUAUGUGUUGAGGUUAUUGGUGUUUAUCAUGUUUCUGAUUGCACUCAUUACAUGCACAACUGUAUGAUGUAUUGUAAAGUUGCUUUUAAGUUGUUUGCGAGUGCAUUUUUAUCUAAACGGUUAAAUGUAAUUUCGUAAAUCAAAGCAACAGUUUACAAAAGACACUGAUUCUUUUUUUAUGAGUGUGAUGUUGGUUUAUUAGAGCGAAAAGUGUAAUUAAAUUGAAGUAUUCAGUGUUUAUCAUGUUGCUGAUAUUGAAUGCAUUAAAUCGUAAAGCCAUAUUAAGUUGUUCGCAAAUGCAUUCUUGUAUGUAAAUAUGUAAAUCAAUGCGACAAAUUAGAGAAGACCCCCUUUUUUUGGUGGUGGUUUACUAAAUCGAAAAGUGAAAAUAAACAUGUUGGUUGAGUUAUGAUAUUUAUCAUGUCACUGAAAUUGCAUUUGUUCUACUACUUGUAUGAUAUAUAUAUAUAUAAAUAUGUAUAGCAAAGUAUUAAGUUUGUAAGAUUGUUACUAUUUUACACAAUAAAUGAGUAAAAACCCUUUUGGUUCUCAUUCGUUUGGUUCUCAUUUUGGUUCAAACAAAAACCCAACACAUUUGUGUAAAUCAUGCUUGUGUUCUUAUAGAAAUUGUUCUCUUCUCUUAUAGAAGUUGUAUCUUUUAAUGUACUUAUAAUGUACUUACCAAGAAAGUACUGAAUAAUAUAAGGUAACUACAUGGGUUAAGAUUAGGUUUAGGGGUAGGAUCAGGACUAGUACCUAGUUAUUACCCAGUUAUUAUUGUAAUUACUAUUAAAAAGUAUAUAGUAUGUACAUGCGAAACAGGACUGUAAAAUAUAGUGCUACCGCUAAAAGUGAAAAUAAAAGUAUUUGGUUUGUCAUAUUAAAAUUGCAUGUGCCAAAUAUAGACCUUAUGCAGCCCCGCCCCUUUUCAGCACUGCGCUCUGUCUUCCAGUUUGUAUUUUCACAGCAUGAAGGUAAGAUCUUACGGAUUUAUGAAUGAACGUCUCAUUUUAAAAUCUUUCCGGUUUACAGACAGUUGUUAGGACCUCCGCUUCAAACAUUACAAUAACUUUUGUUAACUCCACAAUAAGUAAAUCCACCAGCUAAUUACUCUUCAACAGCGAUGCCAUAGGAAUAUACAGAUCUACCACAAAAACGGAAGUUCGAACAUAAAAUUCUAAAGAUGGCUGCGUGCUUGCUUCUCUGGCGCAUAAGGUCUAUAGGACUGUAUAUUUGACAUUAUAAAGUAAUUCCUAAGUUUGUCAGCCUUGAACAAAUGUGUAAAAACUUUUAAAAAGGCACCAGAAAGUAUUAUUGAAAAUACACUUUCAUUUAUUCACAACCUGUAGAAGUAAUCAGUUAGUGUUGUAAAUUUGAUUGUACAUCCAUCAAAUCUAAAAACAUAAACAUUUAUAAACAUAGAUACUUUAUAUAGGCCGUUACUUCCAGGAGCUGUGUUCGUUUAAGCAUUAUAACGUACAGAAAUCGUCUUCAAUUUGUUGUAAUUUACAAAUACUUCCUUUUAGGGGCAUAAUUAGGGUCUUACCAGUUUUUCUCUUUAGUAAAGACAAUUUGUUAGACAACACAUUUGCUGCGGCCUAUUUUAUACAUGCAAAGUCAAUUACAAUUAAAAAUUCGCUACAGA